GCGGGAGCGCGCCGGCGGCGGUGGCGGCAGUGGCGGCGACUGUGGGGGUGGGGGGCGGGGAGCCUUGGUUGAGGCGACCGUGGCUUUUCUGCACCCUCGACCGGCGGCGGUGACGGCUCCCGGUGCGGCGGGGCGCUCGGCCAGCUUUCUAGGUCGGAACGGAACGCUCGGCCUCGCGGGCCCCGCCCGGAAAGUUUGCAGUGGAGCCGCGACCUCCUGGCCGGCGCGGCCCAGCAUGAAGCGGCGCUGAGGAGCCGCCGCGGCCGCCUGAGGAGGAGGCGCUGCACCCCGGGCCACGCCGAUGACUACUGCAAACUGUGGCGCCCACGACGAGCUCGACUUCAAACUCGUCUUCGGCGAGGACGGGGCACCAGCGCCGGUGUCCCAGGUCUCGCGGCCUGCAGAUCUUGAACCAGAUGAUUGUGCAUCCAUUUACAUCUUUAAUGUAGAUCCACCUCCAUCUACUUUAAACUCAUCCCUUGGCUUACCACAUCAUGGACUGCUGCAGUCUCACUCUUCUGUUUUGUCACCAUCAUUUCAGCUCCAAGGUUACAAAAAUUAUGAAGGAACUGGUGAUAUUUCUGAAUCUAAAUAUAGUCCAUUAGGUGGUCCUAAACCCUUUGAGUGCCCAAGUAUUCAAAUCACAUCCAUUUCUCCUAACUGUCAUCAAGGAACAGAUGCUCAUGAAGAUGACCUACAUAUAAAUGACCCAGAAAGGGAAUAUUUGGAAAGGCCUUCUAGAGAUCAUCUCUAUCUUCCACUUGAGCCAUCCUACCGGGAAUCUUCCCUCAGUCCUAGUCCUGCCAGCAGCAUUUCUUCUAGGAGCUGGUUCUCAGAUGCAUCUUCUUGUGAAUCUCUCUCCCACAUUUAUGAUGAUGUGGACUCAGAGUUGAAUGAAGCUGCUGCACGAUUCACUCUUGGUUCACCUCUGACUUCUCCAGGUGGCUCUCCAGGAGGUUGCCCUGGAGAAGAGUCCUGGCAUCAACAGUAUGGAUCUGGACACUCCUUGUCACCUAGGCAAUCUCCUUGCCACUCUCCUAGAUCUAGUAUCACUGAUGAGAAUUGGCUGAGCCCCAGACCAGCCUCAGGACCCUCAUCAAGGCCCACUUCUCCCUGUGGUAAACGACGGCACUCCAGUGCUGAAGUAUGUUAUGCUGGUUCCCUUUCACCCCAUCACUCGCCUGUUCCAUCCCCUGGUCACUCUCCUAGAGGAAGUGUAACAGAAGAUACCUGGCUCACUGCUCCUGUCCACACUGGAUCAGGCCUCAGCCCUGCACCGUUUCCAUUUCAGUACUGUGUAGAGACUGACAUCCCUUUGAAAACAAGGAAGACUUCUGAAGAUCAAGCUGCCAUACUACCAGGAAAAUUAGAGAUCUGUUCAGAUGAUCAAGGGAACUUAUCCCCUUCCCGGGAGACAUCAGUAGAUGAUGGCCUUGGAUCUCAGUAUCCUUUAAAGAAAGAUUCAUCUGGUGACCAAUUUCUUUCAGUUCCUUCACCCUUUACCUGGAGCAAACCAAAGCCUGGCCACACCCCUAUAUUUCGCACAUCUUCAUUACCUCCAUUAGACUGGCCUUUACCAACUCACUUUGGACAAUGUGAAUUGAAAAUAGAAGUGCAACCUAAAACUCACCAUAGAGCCCAUUAUGAAACUGAAGGUAGCCGAGGGGCAGUGAAAGCCUCUACUGGUGGCCAUCCUGUUGUGAAGCUCCUGGGCUAUAGUGAAAAGCCAAUAAAUCUACAGAUGUUUAUUGGAACAGCCGAUGAUAGAUAUUUACGACCUCAUGCAUUUUACCAGGUGCAUCGGAUUACUGGAAAGACAGUUGCUACUGCAAGUCAAGAGAUAAUAAUCGCCAGCACAAAAGUUCUGGAAAUCCCACUUCUACCUGAAAAUAAUAUGUCAGCGAGUAUUGACUGUGCAGGUAUUUUAAAGCUCCGCAACUCAGAUAUAGAACUUCGAAAAGGAGAAACUGAUAUUGGCAGAAAAAAUACUAGAGUCCGACUUGUAUUUCGUGUGCACAUCCCACAGCCCAGUGGAAAAGUUCUUUCUCUACAGAUAGCAUCUAUUCCUGUUGAGUGCUCUCAGCGAUCUGCUCAAGAACUCCCUCAUAUUGAGAAGUACAGUAUCAACAGUUGCUCUGUCAAUGGAGGCCACGAAAUGAUUGUGACUGGAUCUAAUUUUCUUCCAGAAUCCAAAAUAAUUUUUCUUGAAAAAGGACAAGAUGGAAGACCUCAUUGGGAGGCUGAAGGAAAAAUAAUCAGAGAAAAAUGUCAAGGGGCUCACAUUGUCCUUGAAGUUCCUCCCUAUCAUAACCCAGCAGUUACAUCUGCCGUGCAGGUGCACUUUUAUCUUUGCAAUGGCAAGAGGAAAAAAAGCCAGUCUCAACGUUUUACUUACACACCAGUUUUGAUGAAGCAAGAACAAAGAGAAGACACAGAUUUGCCUUCAGUUCCAUCUUUGCCUGUGCCUCAUUCUGCCCAGGCCCAGAGGCCCUCCUCAGAGACAGGGCACCCCCAUGACCGUGCGAUGUCAGCACCGGGAAGCCUGCUUUGUCAAGUGCAGCCAGCAUAUACAUCUAUGGUAGCCUCCACCCAUUUGCCACAGUUGCAGUGUAGGGAUGAAGGUGCUGGUAAAGAGCAGCACAUAGCAACAUCUUCAGUCAUGCACCAGCCUUUCCAAGUUACACCAACAUCUCCUAUAGGGUCUUCCUAUCAGUCUAUACAAACUAGUAUGUAUAACGGUCCAACCUGUCUUCCUGUGAAUCCUGCCUCUAGUCAAGAAUUUGACCCAGUUUUGUUUCAGCAAGAUGCAGCUCUUUCUAGUUUAGUAAAUCUUGGCUGUCAACCACUGUCACCAAUACCAUUUCAUUCUUCAAAUUCAGAUGCGACAGGACAUCUCUUAGCACAUUCACCUCAUUCUGUGCAAACCCCACCUCAUCUGCAGUCAAUGGGAUACCAUUGUUCAAAUGCAGGACAAACAGCUCUUUCUUCUCCAGUGGCAGACCAGAUCACAGGUCAGCCUUCUUCUCAUUUACAGCCUAUUACAUAUUGUCCUUCACACCCAGGAUCUGCUACAGCAGCUUCCCCAGCAGCCUCUCAUCCUCUGGCUAGUUCACCGAUUUCUGGGCCAUCAUCCCCUCAGCUGCAGCCUAUGCCUUAUCAAUCUCCUAGCUCAGGAACUGCCUCAUCACCAUCUCCAACUACCAGAAUGCAUUCUGGACAGCACUCAACUCAAGCACAAAGUACAGGCCAAGGAGGCCUUUCUGUUCCUUCAUCCUUAGUAUGUCACAGUUUGUGUGACCCAGCGUCAUUUCCGCCUGGUGGUGCAACUGUGAGCAUUAAACCUGAACCUGAAGAUCAAGAACCUAACUUUGCAACCAUUGGUCUACAGGAUAUCACCUUAGAUGAUGACCAGUUUAUAUCUGACUUGGAACACCAGCCAUCAGGUUCAACAGAGAAAUGGCCCAAUCACAGUGAGUUCUCAUGUCCAGUUCCUUUCUGGAGAAUCUAGAGGUGAACGAGAUUAUUGGGAGAGACAUGUCCCAGAUUUCUGUUUCCCAAGCCACGGAGGUGAUGAGAGACACUCCUCUCCCGGGUCCGGCGUCUCCAGAUCUGAUGACCUCUCACAGUGCUCAGUGAGCCUUUUGCCCACCACGGACUGCUCAGCCUGCUUCUCUCCCGGAACUUAAGGUCCAGCCAGACUUCAGGAUCUGUUGCAGGAGUUGGACUCACUGUGGGAAAAGCAGCGUUCCCUCUCCUUAAGCCACAGGCAGAUUGUGUAAAACAGGAACAGCAGCGGCUGUUUCAGCUGUGGGAAACGAGCUUUGCUUUUAUAUAUAUAUAUAUAUAUAUAUAUAUAUAUUUAAAUAGGAUACUUUUAUAUGAUGGGUGCUUUGAGUGUGAAUGCAGCAGGCUCUAUCUCAGAGGUGCUGCUCUUGCAGGUGACCUGGUUGCAUAGCUAGGAUUAGUAAUUUGUACUGCUUUCUGGUCAUUUGAAGAGCCCUUUAGUUUUGAUGAUAUUUUUAAAAUAGAACUUUUUGAUAAAAAAAAAAAACCUUCCAGAUGCAGACAAAAAAAAUUAUCCUAAGCCCACACUUACACCUCAGAAACUUAGCAUGCAUCCUGAAAUGAAGCCUUUCAUAGACUCAUAGGGAAUAAAGCCAAAUGUAGCUCUUACUCUUUAUAAAAUAAAGUGUUAGGUAAAUUGAGAAGACCAUUCCAUCAUUGAAGUGUUGGGAUAUGAAUACAUUCCAGAGCAUAGCCUUUUGUAAUUUUAGGUAGUUAUCAGUUUCUCCACUAGCUCCAUGUUCUAGCUUUUUCCUCCCCACAGGACCUUGGGUAAAAUGGUCAUUUGUAAGGUGAAUUUCAAAGGGAGGGUUUUAGCUUAGGUAGUUAUUUUCUACCUAACUUUUCAAGUAGGAGCCUCUGCCUUUAGUCAGUAGUCUUUGAAGCAAGUAUCCUGAUAGUUUAAGGCUUUGCAAUUUUAACUCCUUGAGGCCAGGCCAGAAGUGUUAGGAGCUAAGUAUGAAUGAACUGUGUAAUAAGAGAGGCAGAGAAAAUGCAGGACUCCAGUUGAGAAGGCUUAAUCUCCUGUUUACAGCCCACAAUGAUUCUGUCCCAUGGUGUCCUGGCUAUAUGACCUAAAAACCAGCCUUUCCUCCACAAGGCUUUGAGACACAUCCAGAGAUGAGGUGGUAUCAGACCUGUCCUUCCACACCAAAGACAUGGUGGUGCUGCUGCUGCUGCUUCUGCUGGUGAAGUCUGUGUCCAAGGCAGGGGCCAGCAGAAACUCCAGCCUGCUGUCUACCAAAGGACUGUUCCCAGACCCUGUCUUUACCCUUCCCUUUUAAAGUCCCUGAAUUUUACAGUCUGCUUUCAAAUGAAAUAUUGUACUUUAAUUCAUUCAGGAAGCAAAUUGAGUGCCUAUAAGUGAGACACUGUGCUGCACUGGCUGAAGACUUAAUGCUGUUACUCUAGGUAGUUGGAUCCCUUGAUGGUGGGGACUGUCUUUACUAAAGCUACAUCAGGCCUACUAAGCAGGAGCUGGCCUGUUGCCUACCACCCCUAGUAAGCAGGGUAGGAGCAACAGAUUCAAGAUGAGAGAAGUAUGUGUUUGUUUUUAACAUGAUGCUAGUUAGAGAACAGUCUUAUCAGCAAAUUACUCUGGCCACUCUUGGAGCUAGAUAUUUUCCAAAUUUUCUCUGAAGGUGAGUUUUAUAUCAAUAAGUAUGAAUAGAGAUUUACUUUAGGGGUCCCAUGGUUGGUAGCCCACAGCUUCUUCUAAAGGGCAUUGGCCUCUCAGGUGAACUUGCAGAGACUUGGCCAAAUUUGCUUCCUCUUUCCCCUGGGGCAGUUGCCUCAUAUGGGGUCAUUACAAGACCCCUUGGGGGUGCUGCUUUGCUGCCUUCAAGAAUAAAAGCCUCUAUGAUCCAGAGUUGCUAUGCACCAAAUUUUGAUGCCUUUUAAAUACCUUGAUGCCUAUAGCAUUAGAAAUGCUUUCCUAUUUAAAACAGGUUAGAUUUUAAAAUAGAGCUUUGUAUUGUGUAAUGGUUUUAUAUAUUAGCUUUGUAUAAGCUUUCAUGUAAGAGUCAUAUUUUUUGGCUUUGUAGAUAAAGACUUAAAUUUUUGUGCAAAAUAGUGGUGGUAAAGCACACAUCAUUGGACUAUGCAAGUUGAUUUCUAGGAGCAGCACUGAGCAGCUGGCCAUUGCUAGCACACACCCUUUCCCUCACCUGUACUAGAGCUUGGCUUGAGGAAGGAAUGAAGGAGCAGCCUUCUGUUUACUAGAAAAAUGUUUGGGUUCACACGUGGUGCUGCUGCCCUGGGUACAGCCCACCAACACCCAGGGCCAGCCAGUAUCACCAGACCUCUGCUGGACCUAGUCAAGAAGCCCAGUUAACAUGUAGAGCAUGGGCUCAAGAUGAAACCUUGUGUUUAUAGAACGGAUGUUUAGGUGAAGAAAUUGGUUCUUGGUUAUGUUUACAGCACUUGGGAUUGUGUUUUCUUGUACAUUUUGUAUUUUAAAAAUCUUUUAUAGGAGUGCAGUGCUCCUAUACAAAGGGAAGAUGAGCCAGCAGUCCAGGCUCCUCCUCAGUUACAGUGCUGACAUAAUAAACAGUGACAGAUCAACAGUC